GCGCAAACGCUCCUCCGGCGGAGAUUUAUUAUGAGACGGCGAAAGGAUUGAUGUUAGUGAUGAUGAUGAUAACGCUGCGCGGAUUCAGCAACAUCCAGAAUAAAGCCCUGACGCAUCGGCAUGAGCAUUGAAACCUGAUAGAAGUGUAGCAGGAGAAUGAGACUGCGGUUUGUAGAUAAACAAUGGCAGCAGGGGCAGCGGAUGGUGAUUUAUGGGGCGGUCUUCCUCAUCAUGACCCUCCUCAUCCUCUACAGCUCCAACAGCUCAGCUGAUCUUUACAGCUCCUUUAAAGUCACAGAGUUUCACCACGCCAUCAAACACACCAACCUUAAGAAAUGGGCCGGGAAGGAGGGAUAUGUUCCUGUUUAUGGCAACAAGAGCAUGAACCUGCACUGCCGUCAGUGUGCAUUAGUGACCAGCUCUAGUCACGUGUUGGGGACUCACGCCGGAGACGAGAUCGACCGUACGGAGUGCAUCAUCCGCAUGAACGAUGCCCCGACCACUGGCUACGAAUCGGACGUGGGGAACCGGACCAGCGUGCGCGUUGUGGCUCAUUCCAGCGUAUUCCGGGUGGUUCGCAAACCUGCCGAGUUCCUUAAUCGCACAGAGAGCCCUGCCAUCAUAUUCUGGGGCCCGUCGACGAAGAUCGGCCGUGACGCAAAGGGAACGCUGUACCGGCUGAUCCAGAGAGUCAGUAUGACCUACAGUAACCUGUCCUUCUUCUUCAUUCCACCCGGCAAAAUGCAAAAGUUUGACACGCUGUUUCAGAAAGAGACCGGCCGAGACAGAAAAAAGUCUCAGUCCUGGUUAAGCACGGGCUGGUUUACCAUGGUCAUUGCAAUAGAGAUGUGUGACAACAUAAAGGUUUACGGGAUGGUGCCGCCAAACCAUUGUGGGAAGCAUCCUCAGCCCAAACGGCUGCCCUACCACUAUUACAAACCCAGAGGUCCAGACGAGUGUGUGACGUACCUCCAGAACGAAAGAGGGCGCCGUGGAUCACACCACCGCUUCAUCACUGAGAAACAGGUAUUUGCGCGCUGGGCCAAGCAGUACAACAUCAGCUACAGCCACCCAACGUGGUGAGAAACACAUCGGACACGAUCCAAAACAAUCCAUCUGCCCGGUGAGUUGGAGCCAACAUGGCGGCUUUCUGUACCUCUGUGACCUUUUGAUCUAGAAUGGCUGCUGGUUUCUCUUUGAUCUGGAUUAGUGACUGAGCCAAAAUGGAGGCCAUGCAGGAUCCAAGAACAAGCCAAGUGUGGAUAAUCUUAGUUGAUUGAACAGAUGACGGAACGUUUAUUGUCUUAAGCAUGAUGACAUUAUCAAAAACAUCUACACGUUACUGCCGUAAAGUUUUCCUACGCCUUCUCUUACAGUUUUUCACCCAUAAUCGGUUGUUUCUCACAGAACGAAGGCCUUUUAGAUAAGAAUGAAAGAGAAAUCCUUUAUGUCAGUUGCCAAAUGGAAGAUUCACUUACAUCCUGUGGUACAAUCAACACAUUUGAAUGUUAGUCGUGUAAAACUACCAGAGAAUAGGAAUGAGAAUUUAACAACUUUACAAGAUUAAGAGUAUGUUUUAUUGUGUAAAUAAAAAGUAUGUAAAUUGAUAUUCAAACAAAUAUUUUUACAAGUUUAUAUGGUUUUAAAAUGCCCUAAAAAAGACAGUAUUACAAUAAACUAUUUAAAAAACACACCUUUUUAAAUGACCAGGUAAAUGGCCAUUUUUAAUCAUCAUAUUUAAAUAACAUUUUGUGUACUUUUUGGGAAGACUUUAUACCUUUAUGAAUAUGAAAUCUGAUCAGAUGUCAGUCAGAGUUCUGGAACAUUCUAUAAUUCCAUUUAAUAUGGAAUUUUAUUCACUACAAGAACAUGUCCGGGUCAUUUUUUUGCCACAAAAUUAGAAGAAAAAUAAAGAAAACAAGGCCUGUGUAGGACCAUUAAUACGUUUUGUAUUUUGACAUUAUUUCCAUUUCAUUUUAACACAUUUCACAGCCAUUUUUCAUUACUGAAAUUGAAAUUUAUUUAAAUUGUACAGUAUAUGUAGAUUAUGUAAAGUAUACUUUAUUGUAAUAUUUGUUGCAUUGAAUGCAAUAUAUGCUCAUUUUAAAAAAAAUGUCAGUGUAUUGUGAUUUUUAUUACUGUAUUAUCUCAUAAUACUGAAGUGUUGUUAUUGUUUACUAAUACUAUAACUACAUUUUUACUUGAAAUUAAUCUGAAAUAAAAUAAAACAAAAAUCAAGAUGAAAAACUAUUUUUAUUUAAAACACUUAAUGACAUUUUGAAAAAUUUAACCUUUUAAUUUUUAAUGCUACAUUUUAAAAAAAAAUACUAAAAUAAAAUUUGAAUUUAAAAUUAUUAAAAUUAAAAUUCUAUUUUCUGUUUAUGUUAAAAUAAAAAAUAGAAAUAAUUCUAAUUAUCUAACAGACGAAAAUACAAAACAAAGUUAAUAAAACUUAAACCAAAAUUAAAAGGAAAACUGAUUCAAACAUUAACUAAUAAAAUAUUAAAGAAAAUCUUAGAAAUGUACUAAAAUGACUAAAAUAAAAAAAAAAUAAAUUGAAAACUAAAAAUAUAAAAAUAAAAAAGCUUUUUAAAAUAAUCAAUAAAUACUGUAAUAAUUAUGCCGUAAUGUGAUUUUUUUUUCCUGCAAUGUAAAUCGCAUAAUUCAAUUAUAUAAUUGGAAUUUGCAAAACAUCUUACUGGACCUAAAAUAGGCAUUUUAGAAAACAGUUACGUAGCAAGGUUUCACAAAAUAAAACAGAGCAAAUAAAGUGUAAUGAUAUUAAUAAAAACAUUAUUCUUCCGCCUUCCUUAGUAACGGUUGUGGUUGCAACAAAGUUGUUGCCGGGCAACAUACAAAUGUAAUGUUUGUGGAGUAAUUUACAACAGCUUAGAACAAGACUCAACCAAUCAGAAUCAAGGACCGGAACUAUCCGUUUUAUAAUAAAGCAAUAACCGUGAAGCCGUGGUUUAUAACAUUUAUAACAGCUAAGGGUGUUUUCUCAGCUUUGCGUCAUGUCUAACAAUGCCCUUUAGCUGUUAUAAACUCACUAUAAACCAUGGCUUCACAGGGGUUAUUGCUUUUAUUAAACGGCUAUUCCAUAUACAUAGCAAGGUUUCACAAAAUAAAACAGAGCAAAUAAAGUGUAAUGAUAUUAAUAAAAACAUUAUUCUUCCGCCAAACAAUGUAGUUCCUUAGUAACGGUUGUGGUUGGAAGAAAGUGGUUGCCGAGCAACACACAAAUGUAAACAAAGGUGUAUGUUUGUGGAGUAAUUUACAACAGCUUUGAACGUGGCUCAACCAAUCAGAAUCAAGGACCGGAACUAUUCGUUUUAUAAUAAAGUAACAAACCCCAAGAAGCCAUGGUUUACAGUGGAUUUAUAACAGCUAAGGGGCAUUGUUCGGCACGAUGCAAAGCAGAGAAAACCCCCUUAGCCGUUAUAAAUUCACUGUAAUCAAUGGCUUCACAGGGGUUAUUGCUUUUAUAAAACAGUUAUUCCAUAUACGUAGUAAGGUUUCACAAAAUAAAACAGAGCAAAUAAAGUGUAAUAAUAUUAGUAAAAACAUUAUUCUUCUGCCAAACAAUGUAAUUCUUCAGAAACGGUUGUGGUUGCAACAAAGUGGUUGUCGAGCAACAUACAAAUGUAAACAAAGGUGUAUGUUUGUAGAGUAAUUUACAACAGCUUCGAACGGGGCUCAACCAAUCAGAAUCAAGAACCGUAACUAUCCGUUUUAUAAUAAAGCAAUAACCCCCAUGAAGUGAAUUUACAGUGAAUUUAUAACAGCUAAGGGGGUUUUCUGAGCUGUAUGUCAUGCCUAACAAUGCCCCUUAGCUGUUAUAAAUUCACUAUUCACUAUUCACUUUAUAAAACAGCUAUUCCAUAUACAUAGUAAGGUUUCACAAAAUAAAACAGAGCAAAUAAAGUGUAA